CCCAUAUUAGCAGCCGCGCGCUGGUGGGCUGCUGAGGUUGGUUGCGGCAGCCGGGGGACUGGCCGGCGGGGGCGGAGGAUUUUAGGGCCAGCGUCCCUUGAAGGCCCGGGUAGCUGGGGAGAGCGAGCGAGCGGAGACGCGCCUGGCCGCAAGAUGCCGCGCUCCUUUCUGGUGAAGAAGCAUUUCUCGGCCAGCAAGAAACCCAACUACAGCGAGCUGGAGAGUCAGACCGUGAUCGUGUCGCCCUUUCUGUACGAGAAGUGCCCCCUGUCCCUCAUCCCCCAGCCGGAGGUCCUGAGCCCGGGGGCCUACUACCCCCCGCUUGUGUGGGACACGGGGCUGCUCUCCAACUUCUUCACCUCGGAGACGGAAUACAAGACAUGCGCCGCUUCCCCCAGCCCAGAGCCCAAGCCGCUAGACCUGACCUCCCUGUCCAGCGAGGAGGAUGAAGGCAAGACCUCUGACCCGCCCAGCCCGGCCUCUUCUGCCACCGAGGCGGAGAAAUUCCAGUGUAGUCAAUGCAACAAGUCCUACUCCACCUUUGCGGGCCUUUCCAAGCACAAACAAUUGCACUGUGAUUCCCAGACCAGGAAAUCUUUUAGCUGCAAGUACUGUGAGAAGGAGUACGUGAGCCUGGGGGCUCUCAAGAUGCACAUCCGAAGCCAUACCCUGCCCUGCGUGUGUAAAAUCUGCGGCAAGGCUUUCUCCAGGCCCUGGCUCCUGCAGGGCCACAUCAGAACCCACACAGGUGAAAAGCCUUUUUCCUGUACACACUGCAAUAGGGCCUUUGCUGACCGCUCUAAUCUCCGAGCCCACCUGCAGACUCAUUCAGAUGUAAAGAAGUAUCAAUGCAAAACCUGCUCCCGGACUUUCUCCCGAAUGUCACUACUUCACAAACAUGAAGAAACGGGCUGCUCUGGAACUCGCUAAAGGUUCUAAACCCCAAGGACUCUGACAUGCAAAUACAUGUAUUGUUACUAGUUUCUAUAGGAGGUAGUUUCCUUCAUAUUGCCAUUUCAGUGUCUAUGAAGCCCUGUAUAUCCAGCUGCUUUGGGCCUUAAAUGAUAUUUUUACCAUGUUCUUCAUCUUCAUACCUCUGGCGCAAUUUAAAGGUCUGAUCCUUCUUCCAUUGAAGUCAAUGGUGAAACUCUAAUCGACUUCUGUCACCACAGGAUCAGACCCUCUACUAUGAUUGACUGUGCCUUAUAUAAAAUGAAGGCAUGAAGAGUUUCCCUCCACUCCAGCUAAA